AAUACUUAAUACAUAACCCAACUUUUUUAUUUAGGUUAGAGAGUUACGGAGAUUAUACGAGCGGAUGUUUACAUAAAUCACAAUUUACAGUUCUAACGCACGUGGCAUUUGAAAAAAGAAUCCAUGUCUUGGGUCGUGAAUUCUGUUCGCGCUGUCAUAAGCACAUGGACGCCACAGAUGACACCGGUACGGUUUCGCUAUUAUGCUGAUAAAAUAGCAAAAGGUCCCUUGAUACGGCGAUACGGAUACAAAGAUCCUAUAGAUAUGAAGGGCGUUCUACCACGUACGGACAGCACUAGACGACUCCCGAUGCCGAUUUAUCGACCAACGGACGCUUGGUCCGAAAAGAAGGCACUGUUUGGUCAGAACGACUAUAUUGACAUAUUGGGCUCGGAUAACUUACAUCCCACGAAAAUUCUCUACAACGUACCCUCAUGGUUGAGAGGUGUCAGCGGCAACGAAUUUCAGGUUUUAAUACGGAAGAGAAAAAUGUGGGCAAAAGGUAUAUUUCCAGUUGCGAGACCCACUAAGUGGAAAGAAUUGGACAAGAGACUACGUUAUCUCUAUAAAUUCUUGAAUCGUAAAACUAAACAGUAAGGUACUAAACGUAGAUCAAAUUAAGUUUAUAUCUGGCUGAAAUUUGAUACAAAUAAAUUCAAUUAAAUUCUAAUUUAAUUCUCAUAAAUAGUUGUGUCUUUUUCACUAGUUUUCGAACAUUCUAUCGAGUUUUUAUGAUUUCUUGUUUUAGAUAACAUGAUUACUGCGUAUAACAUUAGUUACAAUUUACUGCUUACAGUAAUAAUUAUAAAAAAUAUAAAAUAAUGAAUUUAUUUAUUGACAAAUAAUUAUCCAUCGGAUAUACGAUUAUUUCAUAACACUGAAAAACGCAAAUACUUUUCUCGCUGAAACGCGGAUUUUCAUUUCGUAGAAAGAUAAAAGGGAUACAUGUGUCGAGGUCACGUACCAUAUAUGUACAUAGUCACAGUUGGUAUAUUAAUGUCUAACAGUUCAAUAUCAUAUUGCGAAACAGAAACGCUUCUGGACUGGAGUUAGUCUUCCUGAUUAACUAUUGUCAGUAAAUUGAGUAUUGUCUAUUCUCUUAGAAAACAGUCACAGUUAACCGAUAUUAUCACGAUCCUAAGCUUUGACAAUAGCUGAUUAAGAAAACCUCGAACUUAUUGCGCGUUUUGUGGCAUCUUGACAGCAGCGUUGAAAAUUCAUGUAUUCAAUAUAUAUACUUUUUUGAAAGUUAUAUGUUAUAAAUUCCUUGCUAGAAGUUCGUCCUUGAUAAUUAAUGACAAUAUAUUCACACUGUGCUGUUGCAGAUAUUUUACAUAAAAAAAAUGUAAUACUAUCUUAAAAACCCUAUAGAGGCACACUUUUAUAUGGAAACUAGUUCACAUAUUUUGUCACCUCUGAAGAUAUUUCUUCCUUUUGAGUUUUAUGUUUAAGUGUGUACAUAAAUUAUAAUGGCAGUUACUUAAACUCACAAAUUCUUACUUGGAGGAACGAUUAUUAACGAAUUAUUUAACAAUAC